CGCCCGCCUCUGUCACCGGGAGACAGUCCACUUAAAUGCAGCUCCAGGGCUGCGAGGCACCCACCAGUGUCACUCCCCGUGCGAGGUGGCAAAUGCAACAUGCUCUCCAGCUUGGGGUGUCUACUUCUCUGUGGAAGUAUUGCACUAGUCCUGGGAAAUGCACAGAAAUUGCCAAAAGGUAAAAGGCCAAGCCUAAAAGUCCAUGUUAAUACCACAAGUGACUCCAUCCUCUUGAAGUUCCUGCGUCCAAGUCCAAACGUAAAGCUUGAAGGUUUUCUUCUGGGAUACGGCAGCAACACAUCACCAAACCAGUACUUCCCUCUUCCUGCAGAAGGGAAAUACACAGAGGCUGUAGUUGAUGCAGAGCCGAAAUAUCUGAUAGUCGUGCGACCUGCUCCCCCUCCAAGUCAAAAGAAGUCAUGCUCAGGUAAAACUCGUUCUCGCAAACCUCUCCAGCUGGUGGUUGGCACUCUGACACCAAGCUCGGUCUUCCUGUCCUGGGGUUUCCUCAUCAAUCCACACCAUGAUUGGACUUUGCCAAGUCACUGUCCCAAUGACAGAUUUUAUACAAUUCGCUAUAGAGAAAAAGACAAGGAAAAGAAAUGGAUUUUUCAACUUUGUCCAGCCACUGAAACAAUUGUGGAAAAUCUAAAGCCUGACACAGUUUAUGAAUUUGGAGUGAAAGACAACGUGGAAGGUGGAAUUUGGAGUAAGAUUUUCAAUCACAAGACUAUUGUUGGAAGUAAAAAAGUAAAUGGGAAAAUCCAAAGUACCUACGACCAAGUCCACACAGUGCCGGCAUACAUCCCAAAGAAGCUAAUCCCAAUAACGAUCAUCAAGCAAGUGAUUCAGAAUGUUACUCACAAGGCUUCAACUAAAUCCCCAGAUAAGACUCCCUUUGGAGGAGCAAUACUAGUCCACCUUAUUGUUCCCGGUCUUAACGAAACCACUGUAAAACUUCCUACAUCGAUAAUGUUUGAGAUUUCGGAUGCUCUCAAGGCACAAUUAGCUAAGAAUGAAACCUUGGCAUUACCUGCUGAAUCUAAAACACCAGAGGUUGAAAAAAUCCCAGCACAGCCCAUAACAGUGACUCCUGAAACAGUUCCAAGAACCACUAAACCCACUGUGUCUAGUGCAUUAGAUGUUUCAGAAACAACACUGGUUUCAAGUGAAAAGCCAUGGAUUGUUCCUACAGCUAAAACAUAUGAAGAUUCUAGAGUUCUGCAGCCUCAAACUGCAACUUACGAUAUUUUCUCAAGCCCUACAACAUCAGAUGAGCCUGAAAUAUCAGAGUCCCACACAGCAACAAGUGAUCGUAUUCUGGAUUCUGUCCCACCCAAAACUUCUAGAACUCUUGAACAGCCAAGGGCAACACUGGCUCCAAGUGAUAUAACACCAGUUGUUCCUCAAACACUGGAAAUCUUUACCAGUCCUGAAAUGCAACCUACAACACCUGCUCCCCUGCAAACUACGUCUGUCCCUUCUACAACUAAACGACGCCACAGGCCUAAAAGGCCAAGACCCAAACCUGAAAGAACCACAAGUGCUGGAACAAUUACAUCUAAAAUUUCUAAAAGCCCUGAACCUAUAUGGACAACACUGGCUCCCAGUAAAACACAAUUUAUUUCUUUGAAACCUAAAAUCCCUCUCAGCCCAGAAGUGACACACACCAAACCUGCUCCCAAGCAGACACCGCGUGCUCCUGCCAAGCCAAAAACAUCACCACGCCCAAGAGUGCCACAGACACAACCAGUUCCUAAGAGGCCCCAGCGUGUCACUUCAAAACCAAAAACAUCACCAAGUCCAGAAAUGUUGUACCCCUCACCUGUUCCAAAAGAUGUGCUCCUUCCCCAUAAACCAGACCCCGAGUUCUCUCAGAGCGAACCUGCUCCUUUAGAGACACGAGACAUCCCUUUUAUACCUAUGAUUUCCCCAAGUCCUAGUCAAGAGGAACUACCAACUACUCCGGAAGAAACAGACCAAUCCACCCAAGAACCCUUCGCAACUAAGAUUCCACGAACAACUGAAUUGGCAAAGACGACUCAGGCACCACACAGAUUGUACACUACUCCCGUGAGGCCCAGAACACCAGAGAAACCACGCAUCAGACCUGGGAUCAAACAAGCACCUCAGCCAUCAGGUUUUGAUAGAGAUGUGUUGGUGGACUCAUACCACUCCACAAAAAGACCAGGCACUCGCCGCCCACCCCUGCCACCCAGACCUACACCCCCACGAAGGAAACCGUUACCACCAAAUAACGUCACCGGGAAGCCAGGAAGUGCAGGAAUCAUUUCAUCAGACCCAAUCACUUCCCCACCCCUGAGGGCAACACUCAGACCUACUGGAGCGCCCUGGGAGAGGACAGAGACAGAGAUAAAGCAACCAACAGUCCCUGCCUCUGGAGAAGAACUGGAUAAUAUAACUGACUUUAGCUCAAGUCCAACAAGAGAAACUGAUCCUCUUGGGAAGCCCAGAUUCAAAGGUCCUCAUGUGCGAUACAUCCAAAAGCCUGACAACAGUCCCUGCUCCAUUACUGACUCUGUCAAGCGGUUCCCCAAAGAGGAGGCCACAGAUGGGAAUGCCACCAGCCCACCACAGAACCCACCUACCAACCUCACUGUGGUGACCGUGGAAGGGUGCCCCUCGUUUGUCAUCUUGGACUGGGAAAAGCCACUAAAUGACACUGUCACUGAAUAUGAAGUUAUAUCCAAAGAAAAUGGGUCAUUCAGUGGGAAGAACAAGUCCAUUCAAAUUACAAAUCAAACCUUCUCCACGGUAGAAAAUCUGAAACCAAACACAAGCUAUGAAUUCCAGGUGAAACCCAAAAACCCGCUUGGUGAAGGCCCGGUCAGCAACACAGUGGCAUUUAGCACUGAAUCAGCGGACCCAAGAGUGAGCGAGCCAGUUUCUGCAGGAAGAGAUGCCAUCUGGACUGAAAGACCCUUUAAUUCAGACUCUUACUCAGAAUGUAAGGGCAAACAAUAUGUCAAAAGGACGUGGUAUAAAAAAUUUGUAGGAGUGCAGCUGUGCAACUCUCUCAGAUACAAGAUUUAUUUGAGUGACUCCCUCACAGGAAAAUUUUAUAACAUAGGCGAUCAGAGGGGCCAUGGAGAAGAUCACUGCCAGUUUGUGGAUUCAUUCUUAGAUGGACGCACAGGACAGCAACUCAGUUCUGACCAGUUGCCCACCAAAGAAGGCUAUUUCAGAGCCGUUCGCCAGGAACCUGUCCAAUUUGGAGAAAUAGGUGGUCACACCCAAAUCAAUUAUGUUCAAUGGUAUGAAUGUGGGACUACAAUUCCUGGAAAAUGGUAGAUGCUGCACUUGGUGCUCAAAAGUACCUUCUGUUUCACCAUGGCAAAAAGAUCAUUGGAAACACUACGGUAUUUGUCACAUUCAUUUAAAGCUAUUUUGUUUAUUAUGUAUAAAAGUCUACAGUCUAAUUAAUAGCACUAUUAGAUGUUUAUUAUUAGAAAAGAUUGCUGAGAGUAUUUAUCAGGUUUUACAAAAUCAUUUUAAGAAAGCAAGAUAUUGACAUUAACAGAAAAACAUUUUUGGGGAAGCUGGCUCCCUACUCAUGGUAUUUUCAGAGAUCAUUUGUAUAUUAUUUAUCACACUGUUGUAAUGAUGUUUUGAGAUACUUUUAUAACAAAAUUAACAUCAAAAACUUAUACUUUAAAAAAAAUAUUUACUUUUAUUGAUGCGUACUCUUUCUAUGGGUGAGUUAAUUCCAUAAAUCUCAACUUAGUUUAACUUAUUGGAUAUCUUCAGAAUAUAUAUCUUAGGGGAAAAGGUCCUAAUAUUCAUGUUUAUUUAAACUUCAAUUUUUUUAGCAACAGCUGAGUAGCUUUUCUGAGGAGUUUAAAUAGUUACACAGUCAUGCUAAUAUUCAUUUCCUUAAAAUAUCUGCAAGUUAAAAAGAUUGAAUCAGAAAAUUUCACUUCAGCUAAAAAAAAAAUGGAGAAUCUGCUAUAUUCAGUUUCAAAAAAUAUAUUUCUCUAUCUGCAAUUAUGUUACAAUGUCUGAAUAUACUUUGUCAAACUAUACCUUUAAGAAAUUAUCUUCAUAUUGUUUUUGUGAUUCCGAUCAAGCUGUAUGUAGAGACUGAAUGUGAAGUCUGAGCACAAAAAGAUAAUGCAUGAUGAAAUCCUUGACAUUUUAUAGGAUAUUUACUAUAUAUAUUUAUAGAGAAGACCUCUAUGAAUGAAUGUAUCAGAGGAUGUUUUUGUAACUGUUUCAAUCAAUCUGUAAUGAAAACCUGACUCAUUUUCAUUAAAAAAGGUAGUUUUCCUUCAGCUGGGGAGGGAGAUAGGAAUGCGUGCUGCCCUCAUCCUGAAAGGACCUUUCCCUGUGCUUACCUUUCAACAUGCUUUGAUUUUAUCAAUGCUACAUUUUGUAUUUUUCAAACAAGUACAAAUUCUGCAAUAAAGAGAUGUAGUUUUUUUUU